AUGCCAGCGUACGGUUGGAAAUAUUAUGCAUCUUUAUUCGCGGUUGUAUCUGGAAUGCCAGUUUUUUGUUACUGGUAUUAUGGUUUACCUAGUGUGGUAGAUCGAUAUACUGAAAAAUGGACGAUCGAAGAUCCAGUAAAAGAUAAUAGAGAAUUCCAUGAAUUCAUGAGAGAACUCUCGAAUAGAAAACGGAAGUUGGAUCAUGCAGAAUUAGCAAAAUUAGCUGCUGAAGAAGAGGAACGGAGACAUACAUUGUAUAAAUAA